AUGAAGGAGUUGACAGGUGGUUACACAAUCAAGUAUCACGCUAAUGGGAGGAUUGACGUGAUAAGAGAGCUUGAGAACCUGACCAAAAUGGUGAUACCUUCAGACCUACCAAGCCUUGAAGCCAGGGUGUUUUUUAGUUGUGCAAGUGUAGUAUUUGCUGCACCAUGCCCUGCUCCUGGGACAACAGAGCAGCUUUGGAUAAGAUAUGCAAUGGCUUCACCAAUGAUGGGUUGCCUCCAUCUAGUAGUUGUGGUCUGGAAAUAA